UCGCCAGAAGCUGGGGACUUCGAGGCGGCCCAGACAGGAGUUGAUUCUUAGCAAAACAAGUCAUUUGGGGCUUGAGGUGGGCACGAGCCGCGCGGGACUUGCAGGCCAGAUGCGUUUCUUUUGUGCGGCCCAGGGAAAACUCGGUCGCAGCCAGGGCGGCCGGGCGCGCCCAGCCCCGGCCCCUGGAGCGCCCGCCGCGGUCCCGCCUCCAUGGACGCCUUCAAGGGGGGCAUGAGCCUGGAGCGGUUGCCGGAGGGCCUCCGGCCGCCGCCGCCGCCGCAUGACAUGGGGCCCGCGUUCCACCUGGCCCGCGCCACCGACCCCCGCGAGCCGCUCGAGAACUCCGCCAGCGAGUCGUCCGACACGGAGCUGCCAGAGAAGGAGCGCAGCGGGGAACCCAAGGGGCCGGAGGACAGCGGUGCGGGUGGCGCGGGCUGCGGCGGUGCAGAGGACCCCGCCAAGAAGAAGAAGCAGCGGCGGCAACGUACGCACUUCACGAGCCAGCAGUUGCAAGAGCUGGAGGCCACGUUCCAGAGGAACCGCUACCCCGACAUGAGCAUGCGGGAGGAGAUCGCUGUGUGGACCAACCUCACCGAGCCGCGCGUGAGGGUCUGGUUCAAGAACCGGCGAGCCAAGUGGCGGAAGCGCGAGCGCAACCAGCAGCUGGACCUGUGCAAAGGCGGCUACGUGCCGCAGUUCAGCGGCCUGGUGCAACCCUACGAGGACGUGUACGCCGCCGGCUACUCCUACAACAACUGGGCCGCCAAGAGCCUGGCGCCAGCGCCGCUCUCCACCAAGAGCUUCACCUUCUUCAACUCCAUGAGCCCGCUGUCGUCGCAGUCCAUGUUCUCGGCGCCCAGUUCCAUCUCCUCCAUGACCAUGCCGUCGAGCAUGGGCCCGGGCGCCGUGCCCGGCAUGCCCAACUCGGGCCUCAACAACAUCAACAACCUCACCGGCUCCUCGCUUAACUCGGCCAUGUCGCCGGGCGCCUGCCCGUACGGCGCGCCCGCCUCGCCCUACAGCGUCUACCGGGACACGUGCAACUCGAGCCUCGCCAGCCUGAGGCUGAAGUCCAAGCAGCACUCGUCGUUCGGCUAUGGAGGCCUGCAGGGCCCGGCGUCGGGCCUCAACGCGUGCCAGUACAACAGCUGACCGCCCCGCCAGGCCUCGCGGGCCGGCGGCCGGCUCGGCGCCGGGCGGGCGGGCGCGGAGGACGCACGGGGUCCUCGGGCGCCGCGCCGCAGCCCUCGUGCCUGCGCAGCCCACCCCCCACCUCCCCACCCACGGGUUGGUUUCGUGUUCGCUUUCAUGGACCCCACUCUGCUCUCCAAAACGAGACAAAAGAAAGAAAAAAAAAGAUGUCGGAGAAAAGUGCUGCGAAAAAACGGAUGAGUUGCAAUUUCCCUCGGGAUGGCGCGGAUGGUGUGUGUUCUCUCCCUAGGGCCCCAGCGGGCCAUUCCGCGGAGGGGACGCGGCGCUGGCGCGCCGAGGCCGGCGGCCCGGGGAGAACGCCGUCUGAGCCCGUGUCCCCGCCGCGCCGGACCCGGAUUGAGCGGCCGCGCCUGCGAACUGGACGCGCGGGGCCCAGGCAUUCCUGUCCCCAGCCGGGGGCGAACCUCGACGUCCCCUCCAAGCUGGCCCGGACGAGCGUACCUUAGCUCAGUUCGGAUCCGAGUUGGAGCAGGCGUUGGGUCGGGGCUGGCCGUACCCAGCCCGGGAUCAGGAACCCGCCGUGGAGCUGCUUGCGGCCCCGGCGUGCCCCAAAGAGCCCUUGCCUCGCUGCGCCCGGAAUCCUAUUUUAAGGCCAACGAGCCGCAGCUGGUGGUGGGGACGUGGCGCGGGGAGUGAGGUAGGCUCCCGUCCGAGCGCUCAGCCCCAGAGCUUCGCGCAGGCUCCGGGCCCUCCGCUCCGCUCCUGGGCUAGGAGGUCCCCCCCGCUUGUCCCGGCGAAGAGCCCCUUCCUCACCGCCCGCCGCGCAAGAGUCGGGCCGGGAGAGCUCGGGCGCGGCCACGGUCCGGCCCGCGCCCACUUUGCACACCCGCUCUCCGGCCCGCGCCCCUGUUUACAGCGUCCCUGUGUAUGUCGGACUGACUAUAGAAUUAUAAAUCUGUCUAUAUCGACUUGUCCAUGUACGUCUAUUAAAAGCAUAGUACAAGCGUGCUAA